AUGGCCGAUUUACACGUGCGACACCAUGCCAUGUCGCCCACAGAGACCUUGACGUCGGAUCUGUCCCGCGAGACCACCAGCUCAGACUAUGGGGAUAUGGACGCCGACGAGGAAAAGUCCCAAGAGAGCCGGCGCGCCGCUUCCAUCGCGACAGGCCGCUCGGCCAGUCUCAACAGGACAUUAACUCGGAGAGAGACCAUCUUGUCGCGCAUCAGAUCCCGGCCGCCCAUAGGCACUUUCACCCAUCCGCUGGAGCAUCAGAAGACGACGGUCGAAGACUUGGUUGAUUUCGACGGCGCCGAUGACCCCUACAGGCCCGUGAACUGGGGUAUGAAGAAGAAGGUCAUCACCACUGCCUUAUACGGCUUUACCACCAUGACCGCCACCUGGGCCAGCAGCGGAUACAGUCCAGGAACACAGCAGGUCGCUCAGGAUUUCCAUGUUGGAACCCAGGUAUCGACGCUGGGCACGACUCUUUUCCUGUUUGGAUUCGGCAUCGGACCUUUGCUUUGGGCACCGCUCUCGGAGGUCUAUGGCAGAAAGAAUGCUGUCCUCCCGCCCAUGUUCGUUGCCGCGUGUUUCUCAUUUGGGACUGGUGCAGCCAAAGACAUCCAGACCAUCAUGAUAACGAGAUUUUUCGCUGGUUUCUUCGCUUCGGCACCUGUCACCAACACUGGGGGCGUUUUGAGUGAUUUGUUCCCGGCAUCUCAGAGAGGUAUUGCAAUCGCAUCUUACGCCAUGGCCGUGGUCAUCGGCCCAGUGUUUGGACCCAUCGUUGGCGCCGCUCUGGUAGUCCAACCCAGUCUCCGAUGGCGGUGGACCGAGUACCUCACGGGAAUUCUGCAGCUCUUGGUCCUGGUCUUCGACGUCAUCUUCCUGGAUGAAUCAUAUCCUCCCCGGCUUCUGAUAUACAAGGCGCGACGUCUGCGGCACCAAAGUGGAAAUUGGGCCCUCCAUGCGAAAUUCGAGGAGUGGGAUGUCUCUGUCAUGGAGUUGGCGAAUAAGUUCUUGGUUCGACCAUUCCAGCUGUUGAUGACCCCGAUCUGCGCACUUGUGGCUCUGUACGCAAGUUUUUGCUAUGGAAUUUUGUAUAUGCAACUUGGUGCCAUCCCGAUUAUCUUUGGCGAACACCGCCAUUGGAAGCUGUUCCCUUCAGAACUUCCAUUUCUGGCAACUCUCCUCGGGUCCAUUACCGGCGCCGUCAUCAAUGUUUUCAACCAACUGGUGUAUAACCGCAAAUCCGGAGGCAAAGUAGCCCCUGAGCUGCGUCUACCACCGAUGAUGUUCGGAUCUUUUCUUUUCGCAUCAGGGCUCUUUAUCACUGGGUGGACGGCUGAUCCAAAAUAUCCAUGGAUUGCUCCUGUCAUUGGGUUAUAUUUGACCGGUCUCGGGUUCUUUACUAUAUUCCAAGCGGCACUGAACUACCUCGUCGACACGUUUCAAAAAUACGCUGCCAGCGCAGUGGCAGCUAACACAUUUUUACGAUCUUGCUUUGCCGCAGCGUUUCCGCUCAUCGUGACUCCGCUGUACCAUAACGUUGGAAUCCCCUGGGGGACCAGCAUCUUUGGUUUCUUUGCCGUCGCACUGAUACCCGUACCGUUUGUCUUUUUUGUUUUUGGCAAGCGGAUAAGAGCGAAGAGUAAAUGGAGUAGGUUCUAA